GCACCGCUUCCGAGGGGAAAAGUAUGUUUCGACUGUGGAGCGAAAAACCCUAGCUGGGCAAGCAUAACGUAUGGAGUUUUCCUCUGUAUUGAUUGUUCAGGGACCCAUCGAUCACUUGGUGUUCAUCUGAGUUUCAUUCGAUCUACAGAACUGGAUUCUAAUUGGUCAUGGUUUCAACUGAGAUGCAUGCAAGUUGGAGGAAAUGCAAAUGCUUCUGCUUUUUUCCAUCAACACGGGUGCACUACAAAUGACACCAAUGCAAAAUAUAACAGCCGCGGUGCUCAGCUUUACAAGGAAAAGAUUAAAUCCCUUGCAACACAAGCAACCAGAAAGCAUGGUACCGAUCUGUGGACAGAUGGAUGUGGAAUGCCACCUGUGUCACCUCAACACAAAGAGGAAGAUUUCUUUGCAUCCCAGGUUUCUCCCAAGGCAAAGAACACAGAAUGGGGAUCAUCAGAACCAAUUUCUUUGAAGCAGAAAACUUCAGAAAAUGUUUCAGAAUGCCAUGAAGGUGGCCCAGAGCAUGGACCAAGUGUCGAUUGCCUUAGUGCAUCGCCAAAGGCUACGUUAGGUAACGAGGAGAACACCUCCUUCAUAAAAAAGAAGCCAAAUCAAGUUAAAAAGGGGCUUGGUGCCAAAAAAGGUGGCUUGGGGGCACAGAAAGUGAGCAGCCAAAGCUUUAAUGAGAUGGAAAAGCAAGCACAAGCUGUAGAUAAAAUGAAGGAGCAUGAGGAUCUUCACAUCGGUAAGAAAACUGAGAAGGAAGAACCACUUGUGUCAUCUUUAAGAUUGGCCUACAGAGAUCUUGAUAUUAAAACAAAAGAUGAAAAGUUAAAUCUCUCCGAUAAGAAGAAAAGUGAAUUAGAGAGACUUGGAAUCGGAUUUGGUAGCAACAGAAGCGGCAUUUCCCACUCAGUCAUUUCAGAUAUGCAGACAAUAGAACAGGAAUCGCCUACGAUUGCAAAACCAAAGAAAAAGUACUCAGAUGAUGCAGAAGACUCAUAUUUUUCUUCUAGUUCAAGGUACUAUGAUUCUUCAGCUUUGAGGAGCAGCAGUUUCUCUAAAUGGGAUGACAAUCCAGACUCUUUUUGGAAGAAAGAAAGUAAUAACAGAGACAUUGAUAUAAUGCUAACUUCGAAAAGUUCAGCAUAUUCAGACAGGCCUGCAUCUCGUCGUAAGCCUGAAUAUGAGCCACCUUCAAACACAGAUGAGGCACAAAAAAAAUUUGGCAAUGUAAAAGCUAUUUCCUCAGACAUGUAUUUUGGAAGGCAAGAUCAUGCUGAUUACGAAGCUAGGGCUCGACUAGAGAGACUUUCUGGAAGCUCCUCCAUAAGUUCAGCUGACUUGUUUGAAGAUCAGAAGAAGCAACCAGCAGGAAGCUACAAUAUUACGAAUGUCUUGCCUUCAGCUCCUGAUAUGGCUCAGUUUAAACAAGGAGUGAAAUCAGUGGCUGGAAAACUUUCUGUACUUGCUAAUGGAGUCAUGACAUCUAUACAGGAUCGAUACGGCUCAUAACCUCUUGGAUAUCAGCCUCAGUACACUAAAGAGGAAUUGCUCUUUGGAUAUACCAGAUCACACUGCUGAUUCAAACGAAGGUUGCCUUAACACUGUAGAUGCUCUUAAUUGUUCCAGGAUUUUUUUUUUUCCGUGCAACUUUCUGGCUCAGUUUCUUACUGCUAUUUCAUCUCUCAAAGCAGAAAUUGUGUAGUAACUUGAUAUGACAUAUAUGCCUUUUUCUUCACAGUGUUGUACUUCCGUUAGUGGCCUUAAUGUUGUCUGUCAGAAGUCUUAUUUUAUUAUUGUUUGUGAGAGAGGGAGCAGAAAGGUGGACCUGUACAUGGAAAUAAGACUUCCUGACAAACCUCUGUGCAGUUGCACUUGUAGCUUGUCUUCUGAUUGUCUCAUGAGCUGUGGAGAAGAAAAUUCAAAUUAAGCAUAUGCUAAGAUGGUAUUUAGUGGACUGUAGCAAAAUAUAGAAUUGAGUUAAACCUGUGCUUAUUGGAAAGUAGAAGUUCUUGUGGUUUAUAAAUUGAUGUGCRUUAAAAUGAUGGAGAAAUACUGCUUUAAAAUGAUAUUCCUGCUACAAAAUGUUAUGCUUAGAUGUGAAAUACAGAGGAGACAGGACACCUGGUAUAUUAAAUAAUUGAUUUAAUUUUAUCGUGGGAACAAUCUAUUUAUUCCUAAUUUUGAACAUUAUGAAAAAUUGCAAUAUAGAAUCCUUAAGUGCAUUUAAAUGAUCUGUAUUGUGUACAAAAUGAAAAAAAUAUAUACAAAGGGCCUAACAGAGUAGCUAGUUAAUUAUUUGUUAUGAAUUUUUAGAACAAUCGCAUUUUUU